AUGGCCAUCUUUAUGCCAUCGAUCGACCUUGCUACCCCCAGCGAUGCCCCCGGCGAUGCUCCCGAUGACCCCCAGGAUACGAUCGUUCCAGGUACUACUACCUGGCCUACGCAUCUAGCUGCUAUCGACUGGAUCAACGAACAAGGCUGCCAGUCGGGCAGUGGCUUCGGAGCGGUGAUCAAGAACUCUAAGAAAAGGCGAGAUGGCACGUUGAAGACGGUGUAUCUUCGCUGCGAUCGUGGAUAUGACCGACCAGAAACACGAGAUCGAGAUCAUCUAAAGAAGAAGUCCUACACAAAGGCCACUGAGUGCCCAUGGCGCACUGUCAUCCGUCGCCUACUUGCUGGAGAUUGGGCAAUCUACGGCGAGCAGCCCAAGCAUAAUCAUGGCCCUAUUCCACUCUCAGCUAUGCCAGUUCAUCGCCGGCGCCAGCGUGAGCGAUUCAAGUCGCAAAUUCAGACCCAGCUCUCGCAAGGAAUCACGCCUCAGCAGAUUCUCACAGGUCUAUAUCAACAAGGCGCCACCUCCGCCCGCAUCAAGGAUAUCUACAACAUCCGCCAAAAGCUCUAUUUAGAGCUAUUAGGAGGCCUCACACCAAUACAGGCUCUCUUGAUCCGGCUUCCAAAGGAUGGAGAGUGGGUUUUUCGGCACUCAGUUCGUGAAGAUCAGACAGUAUUCGCGCUUCUUGCGAUACAUCGGACCUCUCUCGCGAUGUUUCGAAGAUAUCCAUAUGUUUUAUGGAUGGAUUGCACAUACAAGACUAACAUAUAUAAAAUGCCAUUGCUUGAUAUUGUUGGUGCAACCUCGACUGGGAAUAGCUUCUAUGCUGGUUUUGCGUUUCUUCAAAAUGAGCGAGAGGCCUCCUAUCGCUUCAUUUUUGACUGUCUUCGGGAGAUUUACAAGGACGCUGACUUUCCAAUUAGCGCACCAUACACGAUCUUUGUCGAUAAAGAGCCAGCCCUUAUCAACGCGAUCGACGAGCUUCCGUCCACCGAUGCCAUCCUCUGCCUUUGGCAUAUCAACCAAAACAUAUCGAAGAAAGCUCGGCCAGCAAUCGGUGAUCUUGUGAAGGAGGAUAUACGAUACGGUAUAGUGGAGAAGGAUGAAUACCAGGCCGAGAUCGAUAUUCGUUGGAAGAAGAUGGUCACCCGUUGGAAUCGCUGUGUGUAUGCUGAGACCUUUGAUGGCUUCACAGAACGCUGGCAGCAGUUUCGUACAACGUACCAGGACCCUCAAUUCAGUGGCGCAUUCGACGAGCUCAUUGAUUAUAUCCAAUCCGAGUGGAUUAAUGACUCUGGGCGCUACUUUCUACACUAUAUAACUGGUGUUUAUCUUCAUCUAGAUGAAGUGGCGACAUCUCGCGCUGAGGGCGGUCAUUGGGGCUUAAAACGAGGGUUGCAGUCAUCGCAAAAAGAUCUGUUAUAUGCCCUGGAAAGCUUCAAGCUGGUGGUUAACCGCCAGUAUCAUGAGAUACAAGGUACUAUCGCUGAUGAGAUCUCAAGGCAUCCUACUAUACGCCCUCGUCAUAUCUUCACCCUUCUACCAAAGCAGGUCUCACGAAGGGCUAUCUCAAAGGUUGAGAAGCUAUUCGAUAGCUAUCUACCAGUCUCUGCUAAUGAAAAACCCCUAAUACCCGCUACCUGCACCAGACCCGAUAGCCACUGGGGCGAAGGAUAUCCUUGUUUCCAUGUGAUCCACGAUCACUGGCUCAAAAACGAGCCAUUGCAACGGCAUCAAUUCCAUCGACAUUGGUGGCUGGAGCUCACCGACGCAGCUCCGAUUGACCCUCGCAUGCUAGUGCGUGCUCCGCUACCAGUGCGCCCAAAGGGCCGCCCAGCAGGAUCAGGCAAUCGGCCAGACUACUCCACAACCCGGGAUUUAUCUGGCUUCGAGCACGAGCGUCGGGCCGAAGCUGCAGUAGCAGUGCAGCUUCAGUGCAGCUUCGGAGAGAGCUCCAACAGACCAGCCAACAGACCAGCCAAAGCAACAACGAAGUAUCAAGCCGUGGAAGCCGUGGAGGACGUGAGCGUGGGAGAUCGCGGAGACGUGGUUAGUAUGACGCAGUGCCAGCUAAUAUGA